UGCGAGGGUGGGCGCCACCCCAUCUCUCCUUGCAAAGAGGGAUUGGCACUUUCACAGUGCCGACACUUCCAACGUCCAGGCACGCCAAAGAAACGGAAUCCUCUCCAACAGAUGUCCCGGUCCCUGCUGCUGCUGGAUGAUGGAUCAUUGUGAGACUGCCGGGGUGGAUGUAGGUGGUGGUGAAAGGUGGUGAACACAGUCAGCCUUUCUUGCCUGCAGGUUUAUAUAAAAUUAUCUGACUGAUUUACCAUGUUUUUGGGGUAUCGAAAACUACCCAAGUGUAAAGAAAGAACAUGGACAAUGAAGAGGAUUAUUAAUGCAAUGCCAACGGCACAAACCCCCUCACAGAAGACAAAGAAACCUGAGACACUGGGGAGUGAUAAGGCUACUCCUGCUGAAGUGACAACUGAGACUUCACAGUGCCUCCGCAUGGCCCUAGAAGUUCUAUACUCAGAGAAAGCAGGGGGUGUGUGUGCAGAGUUUACUCCUCAGAAACUUAAGGAACUGUACCAGGUGUUGUGCAGCAUCAUGAAUAAUGCACUGCUUGGGGAAUCUCCCUCCGUGGAGGAAUUGCGCAUUGCCAGUCAGGUCAUUGCCGCUGGACAGAAAUACCAUGGAGUCUAUCAACAGGAGGAAUGGAGCCCCAAAAACUGGUUCAAUAUGUUCACUCAACUGGUGGAGCAGGCUGUGACCAAGAAGAUCCCUCAGCCACCACUCAAGAGCCUGGGGUCUGGACAUCCAGAGAAGGUGCUGGCUGAAUACCUGCAGCUGGUCCAGAAGACAGUGCUGGAGGAGCUAAAGAGGCUAAGCCCAGGUCUGAGAGAGACCCCACUUCUUGACUGCGUGGUUGAGAAUUUUCACCUCUACAUUUUUGCCCAACUGGACCAGGUCUUGAAUUGUACCCUUACUGCAGACAAAAUCAACCUGGUGCUGUAUUGGGUGGCACGUGUGUACCUGAGUGAGAAAUCAAUGGGUCACCCUGACAUCAAGGAUAACUGUUUUAGGGCAGUUGACCUGCUGGUCCUUUCAGACUGGUUGCAGAGGGCAGAAAAGAUGUUCCUCACUGCUAUACAGGAGGUUGUCUCAGAGAGACUGCACAGUAUCCUUCAAAAUGAGAAGAUCUACUGGGGCACUUGUAUCCCAGGAGAUGAGGAGGACUUCAUUAAACUGCAAAUAGAUGUCAUUCAGGUCCUCCAAGGUUUCAUCGAGCCGGCAGGCAUGAUUAGUAAACAACUCAAAGUCAAAGUACAAGAAAUCUGUUACCCAAAGCUGUUGGUCUUUUUAGAAAAAUAUGUAGAGAGAGAACAGAAGCGACUGAAAAUGCAUGCAAAAUCAGGAGAGAUGUACCCUUUCAGAACAUUCAGCACUUCAAUGGAACUUAGGAAGUAUGUACACAAAAUUGCAAGCAAUAGAAAUGAUGAGUCCAUCAAGGCUGUCCAUUCAUUAAAGAGCAUUGAGGCCCAGUCUUUGGCGCUUGUGUUGAAGAAGCCAUUCUCCAAAGUAGAGGCUUCUUUAAAAGAGUAUUUUAAGAAAGGAGAUGGACACAGGAUGGGUGAGAUGGAAGAGAUAAAAAUGCAUUUCAGGACCCUCCCCAAAACGAAUCAAGAGGCAUACAAGAUAGCUGUUGACACAGCUUAUGAUCGCCUCACUUCUCUGUACCUGAAAUACCUAUUACAGAGCAACAAGAGUGAGCUAGAGAGGACAUGGAGCGAUGUAGGGAGUGAAGUGACAGAGAAUGCAGAGUAUUUACACAAUAUGUUCUCUCAUCUGAACCCAGAAGUGAUACAGAGGAACCAGGCUCUACUGAACGUUGGAAAGAUCCUAAAGUGCAGUGAUAUAAACGCGCUGAAGAUAACAAUUGCCGAAAUGAGGAUAGACUGUCCUGACAUGAGUCAAGAGCAGGUUCGCAUUCUGCUGCGGUGGAAGGGUCUAUCACAGAGUCAAGUGAAAGAGGUCCUGGACGCAAGCCAAGAAUGUUUGUACACUAUUGACCUGCCCAACAAGCCAAGAUGGUACCGUUAUUGCUGCUGCUACUGACUGGAUAACAGGGCCUUCCAUGGUUCAAGGAUAUGGACACAACCCCACAUUGAUGCUCUGAACACGCCUCAACAGUGAAUGAAUGUUAUUCUUUUUCAACAAUGGUGUGUUGGAGUGUAGAGAAUUUAUUUAUUUUCAGUUAUUCUUCAGUUUGAAGACAAAUGUAGGCCCAAUGGGGACUUUAUUUCUGUUUAGAGCAAUUGCAGUGCAGGAAAGUGUCUAGGGAAUGUAUAUAUGUCCACACCUAAAUUAAUUUUGGUAAUAAAUAUAUGCUGUAUAUCUCAUUUUAAGUGUCAUUGACUGAUGCACCAUUCUGAGAUCUUUUGAGUGUGUCCUGCAAAAUUUCAUAUUUUUUGUGAUAUUCCCUUUGAAUUUGAAUAAUGUAAAUAAUAAUAUAAAUGUUAUUUUCUUUAUUGGCAAGCACAUUCAUGUAAUAUGGUGUAGGGGCACUUGCUAGUGUUUUGUAUUGUGAAUAAUGUUACUACUUAUUUAGGUGGAGAGACCUGUGUGAAACCAUUAUUUUGUGUCAAGGGAAGUGGGGAAUGUCGGCUUCAAAAUAUUAAACAUUAUAUGUAGCA